GUUUCUCUGGGCAGCCAGUGCCAGUGCCACUUCCCUUCCUUGAGCCAUUUCUGAUGGUCUCAACCACCAGUCCUGGGAAGUUCUGAAGGGCUUUGGGAGCAUUUAUACCACAGCAAAACACAGGGCAGAGUGGAACUUGAUAGAUUCAUCAAAACUACACAUCUUCUUCUCCAUCCUUCCCCAGAUCCACCACUAGUCCCACUGUUGCUGUUGACCACAAGCGUUGCUGUGUUUCCUCCCAUCCACCCUCUGCAGGGUGAGAGAUUACUGAAAUGGUGAAAAUCACACAGGAAGAGCCAGGAGCUCCUGCACCCUUGACCUUCACCCUCUCCCUGCCCCUCUCUUGCCCACCCCCUCCACGUCCCCAUUGCAGGCACAAACACCUACUGCCCAUGGAAGCUAUUUCUAAGCAAUCCCGGGCAUCUGGAGAAUGAGGCUCUGAACAAAUAUUGGAGCGUGUGCGUGCGGUGAGCGCACACACACACAUCUACACAGAGAUGGUGCUGCUGCAGAGUCAAAUAUAGACCUUGGGGAAGGGGGAACAAUGGUUGGGGUUGGGUUACAUGGCUGCGGGGCCAGCGAGCUGCUGAUGUUUGUUGUGGGCUGGGGUGGGAUGGGAGAAACAAGGGGGGUGGCAUGGGGGAGAACAUUUGUUUUUACCCAGAGACCCCGGGCCGGUGCUGCACAGCAAGCGUGCAUACAGAGGAGAGGUUCACCCCGAGCUGCGGGGGAGGAUGCUGGUGUAAGCUGGCAGUUCAGAGGUGUUUGUGGCCAUUCUCCAGCUGCUUGUGCUGCUCCUCUGUCUCCCUUAAGGGACUGCAGUGGGCAGGAAGGGGUGUUUUUCUGGGAGUCUGCAAAGAGAAGAGCUUCUUUCUCUUCUUGCUCUGGGGAAGGUUCCUCAGUGGAGGAGAAGAGGCAGUAUCAUCCGCUGCUGAAGCCAAGCAUCCUCACCCCUCAUGUCCAGGUGUCUCCAAGGUGCAGGCUGCAGACACUGGAGGAAAAGCAAGCAGCCCCAGCUGGCUUUGACAGGUGUUCAUCUCGGUGGGGCCACACUGACCAUGCUCAGGAGCUUCUGUCUCCAGCUCAUGUCCUUGCUUUGGAUCCUCUUGGCCCAUCACCAGCUUGCCCAAGGUGAUGACUGCAGUGAGCACUGCAACCUAGCCCACGGCAGCUGCGACCAGGAUGGGAAGUGCAGGUGCGACCCAGGCUGGGAGGGCGAGUACUGCGAGGAGUGCGUGCGCAUGCCGGGCUGCCUGCAUGGGACCUGCCACCAGCCCUGGCAGUGCAUCUGUCACAGUGGCUGGGCCGGCAAGUUCUGCGACAAGGAUGUCCACAUCUGCGAACAUCAGUCCCCAUGCCAGAACGGGGCUCAGUGCGUCUAUGACCGAGAUGGGGACUACUCCUGUCUGUGUCCAGAGGGCUUCCACGGGAAGGACUGUGAGAUGAAGGCAGGGCCAUGUGAGAAGGCAGGGUCUCCAUGCAAGAACGGGGGGCAGUGUCAAGAUGAAAACGGCUUUGCCAGCAACUUCACGUGCCGGUGCCUUGCUGGUUUUGUGGGGGCUUUCUGUGAGCAUGACGUGGAUGACUGCCUGAUGCGGCCCUGCGCCAACGGUGCCACCUGCCAUGAUGGCAUCAACCGCUUCUCCUGCCAGUGCCAGGUGGGCUUCGAGGGGCGUUUCUGCACCAUCAACAUCAACGACUGUGCCAGCCAGCCCUGCAAAAAUGGGGCCAAGUGUUACGACCGUAUCAAUGACUAUGACUGCUUGUGUCCUGACCGUUUCACUGGCAAAACCUGUGAGAUCUCCGUCCCUGAGCCCACCUGGGCUCCCCCCUACUAUUCUGCAAACCAUGAGAGCGGCUGGGCGAUGAGGAGCACCACCAGCGAGAUGCCUGAGGUGACACAGCCAGAGCCCAUGAGGAGUGCAGUUACAGGGCGGCGCAUGGCCAACCACAGUGAGAAAGUGCCGGGAGGAGGGUUGUUAAAAAUCUCUGUGAAGGAGGUGGUGACCCAAAGGGACUCGGGGCUGAGUGAAGCCCAGCUGGUGACAGUGCUGGUGUUUGGGGUGCUGACGGCAGUGCUCGUCCUCAUCACUAUCCUGCUCAUCCUGAGGAACUGGCAGAGGGGCCGACAGCGGUCGAACUGGUGCCAAAGCCCUUCACAGGCUGCCAGAAAGCUCCAAGAUCAGGAGUGCCAGGUGGGCAUGUUAAACUCGGUCCUGAUCGAGCCCAGGAAAACAACAGAGCUGUGAGCACUCUGAGCCGGGCCCUUGCAGGUCAUCAUGCUGGCAGACCCCUCGAACUGCACCCCAAGCAGCUGUUCUGGUGCAAACUGGGCAGUAGGGAAAGGUUCCUCGGGCAGUGAGCACAUCAACAAAACGCCACGGCACUGAGCUCGGUGCAAUGGGCCCAAGCCAUCUCCACCCGGCCAGCACCUGUGCGAGUGGAGGUAGGGCUGCAUGGGGCCAGCCCUGCAAGGGAGCAGCAUUGGUACCGCUCCAGUGUGAGCGCUUGGAAAUGGGACUGGGAGUGCUGGAGUGCUGCCUCACAAGUGUCUUCUGCUAGGUCUUCUGCAGCUCAUCUCUGUGACUGGAACAGGGUCUCCCAGCUCUUUCUGGAGGUUGUAGUUUCAGAUGCCGUGUUCCAAGGGCACAAGGAGAUGCUCUUGCUCUGUGGCCUUGUAGCCAUGCGAGCCAGUUUGGAAAGACUGUAGAGAUCGUUUAGGGUCUCCUGCCCUUUUUCUGCCCUGUGUGAUGCUCCCUCCUCUUGCCAUCAGACUUAGCAUUACAGACAUGUUCUGUACCUUCCUCCUGAUGAUCCGUGGUGUCUCCUCUCCCCACUUAUGGAGCCGUCCUUUCUGGUAUGGACACAGACAGCAAAGCUCCUCCCCCACCCCAAUGUGCACUUCUGCUUUACUGUUUGCUGAUGGGGAAGCGCAUGGCCUCUUCCUUGUGGGGCAUCCAGGGCCUGAGCUGGUCCUUCUCACAUGCCUUCACAGGUGAAACUGGAGCUGGCCAAGACUGGAGAUGUGCUGCAACUGGCUCAGGAGCAAUACAAGAUCCAUAUCCUCAUUUCCCCUGCCAGUCCCUCCAAAGCAGCCAGCUGGCAUUAACCUCAAACCAGCCAUUGCAGUGUUUCUUGAUAGUAUAACCAAGCUAAACUCCCUGCAGUGGAUGUGAGGACAGGAUACGGAGCCAAUGAUGACUGUAGGAAGCAGAUACAGCACUGCAUUCUCCUUGCUAAAGCAAGGCUGAGAGGCACUUAGUCUUGGUGCCAGCUCUGCUCUGCCUUUUCUGGUCUGGUGUACAGCAAGCAGGGCCUCCCUGCCACAGUCAGGAUUUUCUGUGCCUCCUCAUAGGAAUGAGGGGUCAAACAGUGGAAAUCUUUAAAAAUAAAGAACAGAACAACCCCUAUUACUGGCCUGUAGGGUCACAGAACAGGAUUUGAGGUCACGUAGAAAGAGAGUGGCCAGAGGAUUGAGCACUCAGCCAGGAGAGAGACCUGGGAGAGGGGACUGGGGCCUCAUCAAAAAGAUUAUUUUUUUAAAUACAUGAAUGGAUAAUGUACCUUUAUCAAAUAAAACAAUUACAAGUCCAGAAACUGU